CAUCUGUUUUUAAGUAAUUUUUUAGAUGAUAAGUUUUCUUCACUAUUAAACUUUGUAGAGUUACUUUACUUUUAUUUAUGCCAAUAUUUCUCUUUCAUAUUAAAUAUAAUAAUAUUAGCUUAUAUUCUGGGUAUUGUUUUUGUAUUAUUUACUAAUCAGCUUUUAUCAUUAUAUAGCAUUUUAUAUUUCUUAUUAAAUAAGGUAUUAUUUUUAUGCUUUUUGUAUUCGACACACAAACCUUUACAUUCUCUAAUUUUCACAAUACAUAAGUUUAUAAAAGGUGUUGAACUUUUUAUUUUUAGAUUAAAUGAUGUGGUAAUACCAAUUUAA